UCCAGUCCCCCACCCACUUCCUUUCGGCUUUCCUAUAUAUGAUCAGCGGCGCCUAGGCACUGCCAAUCCUUAGCUGAGCGGCACUGAACACGAUCGACUUCCAUUUAUCGACAGGAAUAAAUUACAAUCAUGGCUAAGUUCUCUGCUGUUCUCAUGAUGGCGCUCCUUGCGCUCUCCGCUGCGCAGUUCAAGAAGGAGUGCAAGGAUCCCAAGAAAAUGCUCUUGGCUAUGUAUGGAAUCAUAUGUGACACUGACAACUGCGGUGCAAAUGCCCAGUACUGCAUGGACUUGAUGGAACCACCUAUUGACCUCUGCAAUGCAAAGGAGCAAUGCAAGCAGGAAAUGCUAGGUUCCGGACCACCUCGUUUCCCGCCCUUCUUCAACGGAGGAGAAGGAAAAUUCGGUCCAAUGUUUGGAAUGAUCAAGGAAUGCGUCGCUAAAAAGAUCCAGGAGAGCGUAGGAGUCGAAUACCUGGAGAACAACCGAGAGAACAACACCAUUAACUAUCUGAACGCCUUGGCGAUGAAGAAGCCAGAAUUCCCAGAGGGGCUCAAAACGGCGCUCCUGGAUGCUGCCUCCAGCGAGAAGUGUGGAGCUGCUAGUGCCCCCAGCGAUGCUGCCCCUGGAGACGAGAUGAUGGACGACCUGAAGUACAGAGUAUGCAUUCUCAAAGCUUGUGUUACUGCCAAGGCUAACAUGUAGAAGUAGAGAGGUGGGAACCUUCGCUAUUCAAGUCCUCAACAGUUCGUCUGUGAAUCUCCAACGUUUAAGCACUGAAGGUCCAAACAAUAUGUCAAUAUUAAAUAGUGACCCGCUAGGACUGAUAUUUCUUUGAGGUCACUAGUUUUAUGAUAUCUACAGUCUUUUGUUUAUGUUUUUAAGGUCAUUCCAACAGGCCGCUAAGGUGGACACAUACCGGGUUAAAACCCUUCGGGGUCACACUGUAGGAAAGAUUCAAUUUUUUUAUAUGCCCAAAUGUUACCUCUGUUUGAAAAAUAUCUAAUUUUCUAAAUCUCUGCAGCAGUUCAUCCUUAAUGUAAAAACAAAAUUAUUACUUCAUUCUGACCAAAGUACUCCUUCAACUCAUGUUCUGUCAACCACUUACAAAAACGAUGAAGCGAAACUGCAUUUUCGAAUUGCAACUUUACUGAAUAAUCUCAGACUUAUUUGUUUAAAAUCUAGCAAGUUUUGCUUCGAGGUAACUUUUGAGAGUAAACCGUUUUCACCUAAUAUUUCUCAAACUUAUAUUGAAAUUUUAAUUAGAAGUAUAUUCAACUUGAAUACUUACAAAUAUUUACUAUUGUCUUUGAAGAAGAAUGCACGCAUUGCAAAUGAUUAAUUUCCAACAAUGCAACACAGAUAAAUAUAUUAUAUUACCUAGAAUAAAAUUCAUUGCCUUUA